AUGUUUCUUGCUGAUUGUCUUUCUCUAGGUUUGGUUUUGGAAGAUUGUAAUCUUAUGGAAGCAGCAAAGUACAUUUGGUUGGCACUCGUGAGCACGAGACUUGUGGUAUAUAGCUGGUUGCCUCGAACUUCAGAGGCUAAUUUCACAAAGGAGUGA